AUGGCUGACGCUCCUCCUUCACUUCCGGGCCCUAUGCCCUCGUCUUUUGAUGGUGAAGGGGAAUUUCAUAAUGAACGUCCUAUGCAAAAGGUUGUUCGCAAGAUCAAGGAAGAACCUCUGAUCCCUCUGGGAAUUGGCUUGACGACUGCUGCCUUCAUCAACGCCUACCUAGCCCUUCGCCGUGGCGACUCAAAACAAGCAAACCGUAUGUUCCGAGCCCGUGUCGCAGCCCAGGGAUUCACCGUUUUCGCCAUGCUUGCCGGCAGCAUGUACUACCAGAAGGACCGAGAAAAGACCAAGGAGCUCCGUCAGCUCCAGGAGCAGAAGGACGCCGAAGAGAAGCGACAGAAGUGGAUUCGGGAGCUCGAGGCUCGUGACGAUGAGGAGAAGGCCAUGCGCGCAAAACUCGAGAAGAGAAGACAACAAGUUCAGGCACAGCGGGCCGAGGAAGCUCAAGCAACUGCUGCGUCUACCGAGGCGUCCAGCAGUGGAGGCAUCUUGAGCCGAGUCGGGUUGUGGCCCAAAGGAAGCAGUGACGAAAAGAAGGAUGUCGAGAAGGUUGUUGAGGAGGUUGUGAGCGAGGAAAACACCAAGCAGAAGAAGAAGAACCCCAAGAGCUCCCUUGGUGACCUCGGCGAAAUCAUCUCCAAGAAAAAGGAUUAA